GAUCCUGCAUGGCUCAGCGCAGCCGCGGAAACUUCGUUUUGUAAGAUGGAAGAUUGAGUUUUUUCCGCUCUCUAGGCCGGGUAUCCGCAUGGCUUUGUCUUUAGCCGCUUAGCACGCGCGCGCUGCGUGUGAGAGGCGGUGCUAGAAACUGUCCGCGUGUUUAUUUAGUUCCAUGUUUGGCUCACAGACGGAUUCCGAUCAAGACGUAGUUUUUGUGUCUGAGAGGCCUGCGUGGCGACGUACUGAGGACACGACGAUUGACCAGGUGAGGAGGUUGGACCUUCAGAGGGACAUCGACCUGCAGUCUCAGCCCGAGCAACCAGCCAGACCUCCGGCCAAAUCUUCUUCUGCUGUGAGUCCAAAAGAGACAAAGAUGGAAGAGAACAAGGUAGAGACAAAGAAACGACGAAAGAAAGAACAAAAAUGUCCAGAUGAAAGCAAGAACUCCACUUCUGAAGACACAAACCACACAGGCGAGGAAGAAGAGAAGAAAAGGAAAGCUGGAAAGAAAGAGAAAGAGGAGGGAAGCGAUGAGAGGAAAAUGAAGAAGAGAAAGAAUACUGGCAAAGAUGUUGAAGAGGAUGAGAACGUCUUAAAAAAGGAGAAGAAGAUGAUGGAGGAAACUGCACAAAGUUUGUUACAUAAAGAUAAAAUAAAGAAAAAGAAACAGAAGAAAGAGACUUUUCCAAAUGAGGAGGAAGAACAAGACACGGCAAAGAAAGCAAAAAAAAGAAAAAAAGACGUCUCACCUGAAGAAAGAGAGCAAACACAGGGGGGCGCUACAGAGAAAAAGAAACACAAGAAGGCGAAGAACAAACUGGAGCCAGAAGAUGUGAAAGAAGAAAAGGAGGAAGAGCCUGAAACAGGGGAGAAAAACACGACAAAAUCCGUCAAGAAAAGAAAACGCUGUUCCUCUGAGGAUGGUGUGAUACAGGAGGAGGCAAGACCAACCACGAAGAAGAAGAAAACUAAAGCUAAAACGGGGGAUGGAGAGACUCAACCCAAGGAGGGGAAGAUAAAAAAGAAGACAAAGAGAAAAGACAAGAAGGAAAAUGGGUCAGCUGGAAUGGAAGAGAAGACAGAGGAAGAAAGUGAGCGACUUCACAAGAAGAAAAAAGACAAACUCACAGAGACGGGAAACGGAGAGAUAGAAUCCACAAAGAAGAAGAAAAAAGACAAACUCACAGAGACGGGAAACGGAGAGAUAGAAUCCACAAAGAAGAAGAAAAAAGAAAAGAACAGAGCAGCUCAUGUGGAAUAUUCAGAAGAACCAAAGGAGAAGAAGAAAGGAGCAAAAAUCCGAGCUGAGGUUGUCAGCAAAGACUGUGAGGAUUCCAGGACAGAAGCAGAGGACUGCAAGAAAAGCACCAAGAAGGGGGGAGGGCUUCUGAACACAUCAAAGAAGAUCAAAGGCGAGUGGGCGGACCCUAAGGAAGUGGUUUUCCUGUCGGAGAAAAGCGGGAACACUGAUGAGAUCACCAUUAACCAGGAAAGAAGGCGGGCCUUACAGAUGGAAGUUGAAAAGGCGUCUCAACCCAUGCUGGGGCAGUGGAGCACCGCCCACUUCGACAGCUCCCAGCAGCAGCAGAAGUUCCUGAGGCUCAUGGGCGGGCUCAAAAAGGGCGUCAAGACUCCUGGGGCGAGCCCUGGACCGGCCAACAUGGCCAUGGGGCAGGAAGAGCAGCGGCAGCUGCAGCAAGGCCUGCUGGGAGAGUUUGAGCGCGCCCAGCUGCGCAGAAUGGACUUCAAUAACAGGGGGGUGGGGCUUGGCUUCUCGCCGCCAUCCAAUAAAAAGUUUUCCAUUGACAUCAACACAUGCCGAUCAGUCCGCUUCGAUGACUGAUCGCGUUGGACGCCACUGUUUUUCUACGAGAAGAUGUCACUUUCCUGAACAUUGUUUUAAUAAAUGUUUUAAUUACCCAAAAAAA